UAGAUUUACUUGCUGAUGGCAAAGAUAUUGAUAUAACUGAUGAGAAUAUAAAACUUCUCAAUAUUAUAGAAAAUGAACGUCCAAGUGUUGAAAGGCUGUACAAAAGUACAUCAUGUAAUUGCGGACCAGACAAAAAAUGUUUUAUGAUGAUUCCACUAGAUGAAUUUUUAAUGCGCCGUGCUUAUUUUCAAUCUUUAUCUAAAAAUAUGCAGGAUAUUUAUCUUAUGGCACAAAUACUUGCAUUUGAUGGUGGUUUUAUGACAACAAAUAAAAAGCGUAACCGCCAAAAUAUGAGAACUUUUUGGCGAUAUAAUAAUAACAUUUUACUUUGUAAAAAAGUUUAUGAACAUAUGCAUGGUAUUUCUGAAACUCGUAUUAAAAAUAUUAAAAGACAUCUUAAAGAUAAUGGGCUUAGUAUACGACAUCAUGGAAAUGAAGGACGUACACCAACUCGACACUCUAUGGUAGUUAUUCGUAAUAAUAUUGUUAAACUAGUCCGUGAUUUUAUUAAUAACUAUGCAGAAGUACAUGGCUUACCAUCACCUGGCCGCCAUUUAUGUCGAGAUACACAUCAAACUAUUUAUCUUCCCACAGUUGAUACAAAAAAAAAACUUUAUAAUUUAUAUAUAAAUUCUAUUACAAAUUUUGAUGAAGCAAAAAUGAGUGAAUCUACAUUUUGCCGUUUAUGGAAUAUUUAUGCACCAGAAGUUCAAAUCAUGUCACCUCGAUCAGAUCUUUGUGAAGUUUGUCAGCGCCUUAAAUUUGAAAUUUCACAUAAUUAUGGUGAUACGGGUGUUAAAAUUAAUGAAUAUCUUGCUCAUAUUAAUUUAGCUCGUGGAGAGCGAGA